UAUACCAGCAGUGUCUCUCUGAGUGAUCGGAACAACAAACCGAACGGAGCAAGCGGGGUAAGAGCGUGUCCAAAACCGCCUCUGACCGCCACUUUCAAACUACAUCCAUGAAAUAGCCGCGAACACGCACUUUAAAGACACUGGAGUCCAUCUAGCUCUUCAAGAAGUCCUUAUAAACAACCCGGAAUCGACCCUGAGGAUCGGGUUUAUGAGACAAGAGUACCCACUGUUGCCCUGUGUGUAUAAAGACAAAGCCCUUGACAAGUUGAAGUGGACCAGAAGAUGUUAAAGAAAUGAUAGCCGCACCGGAAUUACACACCGAGUUUCAUUUCGCUCAGGACACUGACACCCGAUUCUCAUCAGACACUGAUUUCGAUGAUCCUGAUGGAAGGAAUAUCAUCAUCGGGAAAGGCAAGGCGAAAAAAGGAAAGAAGGGCCCUGGAGAGAAGGGGAAAGGAGCGGGGAAAGGAGCUGGACGCAUGAACGGUCACCACCAGGAAAACGGCAUGGAAAAUGUCAUGCUUUUUGAAGUGGUCAGGCAGGGGAAGAGUGCCAUGCAGUCGGUCGUUGAUGACUGGAUUGAGUCCUAUAAGCAUGACAGAGACGUUGCACUUUUGGACUUGAUCAAUUUCUUCAUCCAGUGCUCUGGCUGCAAAGGCGUUGUCACUGGUGAGAUGUUCCGCAACAUGCAAAACUCUGAGAUCAUUAGAAAGAUGACAGAAGAGUUCGAUGAGGACAGCGGCGAUUACCCGCUCACAAUGGCUGGGCCACAGUGGAAGAAGUUCAAAUCUAGUUUCUGCGAGUUUAUCGGUGUAUUGGUUCGGCAGUGUCAGUACAGCAUUAUCUAUGAUGAAUACAUGAUGGACACGGUCAUCUCGCUGCUUACUGGCCUCUCAGACUCUCAAGUCCGCGCUUUCAGACACACCAGCACACUGGCAGCUAUGAAGCUGAUGACGGCCCUUGUGAAUGUAGCACUGAACCUCAGCAUUAACAUGGACAACACUCAGCGUCAAUACGAAGCAGAGAGGAACAAGAUGAUUGGCAAGAGGGCCAAUGACAGGCUAGAACUUCUGCUUCAGAAACGCAAGGAGUUACAAGAAAAUCAAGAUGAAAUUGAAAACAUGAUGAAUGCCAUUUUCAAGGGAGUCUUUGUUCACCGAUAUCGUGAUGCAAUAGCUGAGAUCCGGGCAAUCUGCAUCGAGGAGAUCGGCGUGUGGAUGAAAAUGUACAGUGAUGCAUUUCUUAACGACAGCUAUCUUAAGUAUGUGGGCUGGACCAUGCACGACAAGCAAGGUGAGGUGCGUCUGAAGUGUCUCACAGCUCUGCAGGGGCUGUACUAUAACCGCGAGCUCAACGCCAAACUGGAGCUCUUCACCAGCCGCUUCAAGGACCGCAUCGUAUCUAUGACACUGGACAAGGAGUAUGAUGUGGCAGUGCAAGCUAUAAAACUGCUCACGCUGGUGUUACAUAGCAGCGAUGAGGUUCUGACUGCAGAAGACUGUGAGAGUGUGUACCACCUUGUGUAUUCAGCCCACCGCCCCGUUGCCGUGGCAGCAGGAGAGUUCCUCUUUAAAAAACUGUUCAGUCAUCGAGACCCUGAAGAUGACAGCAUGCCCAAGAGACGAGGCAGACAGAGCAUAAAUGCCAACCUCAUCAAAACCGCUGUCUUUUUCUUCCUGGAGAGUGAGCUUCACGAGCAUGCAGCCUACCUAGUGGACAGUAUGUGGGACUGUUCAGCAGAGAUCCUGAAGGACUGGGAAUGCAUGAUCAGUCUGCUGCUGGAUGAGCCACUGCCUGGAGAGGAAGCUCUGUCGGACAGACAGGAGACAGCUCUGAUAGAGAUCAUGCUGUGCACCAUCCGUCAGGCUUCAGAGUGCCAUCCGCCUGUGGGCAGAGGCACAGGCAAGAGGGUUCUGACUGCGAAGGAGAAGAAGACUCAGCUUGAUGACCGGACGAGAAUGACGGAGCUCUUCGCUAUAGCACUGCCAGCAUUACUUGCAAAGUACUCCGUAGAUGCAGAGAAAGUGACAAAUCUGCUGCAGCUGGCCCAGUUUUUUGAUCUGGAAAUCUAUACCACAGGGCGUUUGGAAAAGCAUUUGGAUUCAUUGUUAAGACAAAUCAGAGAGAUUGUAGAGAAGCACACGGACACAGAUGUGCUUGAGGCUUGCUCCAAAACCUACCACUCCCUGUGCAAUGAGGAGUUCACCAUCUUUAACCGGGUGGAUAUCGCCCGUAGUCAGCUAUUGGAUGAGCAAGUGGACAAGUUUAACAAGCUUCUGGAGGACUUCCUGCAGGAGGGUGAAGACCCAGAUGAAGAUGAUGCCUACCAAGUUCUGUCCACACUGAAGAGGAUCACAGCUUUCCAUAAUGCUCAUGAUCUCUCAAAAUGGGACCUCUUCACCAGCAACUACAAGUUACUGAACACUGGUAUUGAAAAUGGAGACAUGCCUGAGCAGAUUGUCAUUCACGCACUGCAGUGCACACAUUACGUCAUUCUUUGGAGCUUAGCCAAGGUCUCUGAGGGCACUUCCAAAAAGGAGGACAUGUUGACUCUGAGGAAGCAGAUGAGGGCAUUUUGUCUAAUGUGCCAGCGUUACCUAACCAGCGUCAACACUGCCGUCAAAGAGCAGACCUUCACCAUCCUCUGUGACCUGCUGCUGAUCUUCAGCCAUCAGAUCAUCUCUGGGGGGAGAGAAGCUCUAGAGCCCCUAGUAUACACGUCUGAGAUGUCCCUGCAGUCAGAUCUUCUCAAUUUCAUCCUGGACCAUGUCUUCAUAGACCAGGAUGAUGACAGCAACAGCACAGAUGGGCAGCAGGAUGAUGAAGCUGGAAAAAUCGAAGCUUUGCACAAGAGGCGGAACCUGCUGGCCGCAUACUGCAAACUCAUUAUCUACAAUGUAGUUGAGAUAAACACGGGUGCGGAUAUUUUUAAGCAAUACAUGAGGUAUUAUAAUGACUAUGGUGACAUCAUCAAGGAAACCAUGAGCAAGACGAGACAGAUUGACAAAAUCCAAUGUGCAAAGACGCUCAUUCUGAGCUUACAGCAGCUCUUCAAUGAGAUGCUGUCAGAACUGGGACCCAGCUUCGACCGUUCAUCCUCAUCUUUCUGUGGCAUUAAAGAGCUUGCUAGGCGCUUCUCUCUGACUUUUGGUCUAGAUCAGGUCAAGACUAGAGAGGCUAUCGCCAUGUUACACAAGGACGGUAUUGAGUUUGCCUUCAAAGAGUCCAAUCCUCAGGGUGAGGGACAUCCUCCCCUCAACCUGGCUUUUCUGGACAUUCUCAGCGAGUUCUCAUCCAAACUCAUGCGUCAGGACAAGCGGACUGUGCACAUGUAUUUGGAGCGCUUCAUGACAUUUCAGAUGGCCCUGCAGAGAGAAGACUGCUGGCUGCCCCUCAUCUCUUACAGAAACUCACUGCAGGCAGGGGGUGACGAUGACACUAUGUCUGUGGUCAGUGGCAUCAGUAGCCGAGGCUCCUCCGUCAGGAGUAAAAAAGCUAAGCCUGCCACCGGCAAGAGGAAAUUACCGGAAGAGGAAAGCAGCAGCAGCAGCAGCAGUGAGGUGUGGAUGAACCGUGAGCAGAGCAUGCAGAUGCCCGUCAUGAUGCCGUCACCCCACCUCACCUCCACCGUCAUGAGAGAACCCAAACGCUUGCGUCCUGAGGAGAGCUACAUGGGGGUGUACUCCAUGACCCCCGAUCAGCAACAGCAGCACACACACCCUCAGACCCCUCAGCCACAACACCACCAAUCACCCAUGGACUACAACACACAAGUCACCUGGAUGCUAGCACAGAGACAGCAGCAAGAGGAGGUGGCCAGACAGCAGCAGGAGAGAGCUAUGAACUACGCCAAAUUAAGGAGCAACCUUCAGCACGCCAUUCGUCGAGGAACUGGCCUGAUGGAGGAUGAUGAGGAACCCAUUGUGGAAGAUGUGAUGAUGUCAUCAGAAGGCCGGAUUGAGGAUCUCAAUGAAGGCAUGGACUUUGACACCAUGGACAUUGAUCUGCCCCCGUCGAAGAAUCGACGAGAGCGAUCGGAACUGAAGCCCGACUUUUUCGACCCCGCCUCCAUCAUGGAUGAGUCUGUCCUGGGAGUGCCCAUGUUUUAAGAUUAUAAUUGGAGGAGUGUGAAGAGAAGAGACAUUUUGUGUGAAUUCGCAUUGAUUCUCUAAAGAGAAUUAAAUUCAAUGGUGUGAUUGGCAUCCAAAUCAGCUUGUACCAUUGACACUUACUAAAACACAGAAAGGAUAAAGGAGCAAUUCAAAGUCUUUGCAAUCAUUGUGUGGGCUUUCCAUGAUCCUGCAAAACCGUGACCGUAGUAGAUAGAUACUGAACGGCAUGGAAUCUCGGACUGUCCUUAGCCAUACAUGAGUAUAUGAGAUAUAAAUAUAUAUAUAAAUAAAUAAAUAUAUAUAUAAAUAU